GAAGAAGAAGAAGAAGCAUGGAGAGUUGGUGGGACUAUAGAAGAAGCCCAGGCCAAGUCUACACAAACGAAAGCUAUGGUUGGAGCGUCAACACUGCUCCCUGGAACGGUGUGCCGCCGGCGACACCCUACAGCCUCGGAGGCAUAGCUUCGGCGAUGUCAGGCCGGGAAACACCAAGGUCAGGUUGGGCCACACCUCGCAUCAACAUGAGUCCGUGGACCAGCAGGGACGACGCGGUCUUCAGCCGUGCUUCCACGCCGGCGAGGUCAACGGCGAAGAGCCCUUGGGCGCAAAGUCCUUACAUCAAUGAGGAUGAGGAGGAGCUGAGAUGGGCGGCGCUGGAGAGGCUCCCAUUGUAUGCGCAGAUGAGGACGGCGAUUCUCCGGGAGGUGGUUGAGGGGAGGACGGCAGGAAGAGGUUACCACCGGCAGGUGGAUGUGAUGCGGCUUGAGCUUUCUGAGCGGCAAGAGUUCAUAGAAAGGCUAAUUAGGGUUGCAGAAGAGGACAAUGAGAGAUUUCUCAAGAAUGUCCGAGCUCGCUAUGACAAGGUGGGAAUUGAAUUGCCCACAGUGGAGGUGAGAUUUGAGCAUGUGAGAGUUGAGGCUAAGUGCUACAUGGGGAAGAGAGCAAUGCCCACUCUGCUGAACAAAGUCAGAGAUGUUGCAGAGACCUUGGUUGGCCUCAUUGGUGUAAAACCCACAGAGAUGACCAAUCUCACCAUCCUCAAUGAUGUUUCAGGCAUCAUCAAGCCUUCCAGGAUGACACUGUUGUUAGGUCCUCCAUCAUCUGGGAAGACUACCCUCUUGAAAGCUCUAGCCAGCAAGCUGGAAUCAAGCUUGAAGAUGAGUGGAGAUGUAACCUACAAUGGGUACCGUUUGGAUGAAUUUGUGCCUAGAAAGACAGCAGCAUAUAUCAGUCAGAAUGAUCUUCAUAUGGGAGAGAUGACAGUCAAGGAGACGCUUAAUUUCUCUGCAAGGUGUCAAGGAGUUGGGAACAGAUAUGCUCUUGUUGUGCAGAGCUGCUGUGGGAAGCUGGCCAGGAGGGAGAGGGAGACAGGGGUUUAUCCAGAUCCAGAGAUAGAUUUCUUCAUGAAGGCUACUGCAGUGGAAGGUGGCAAUAGCAGCCUUCAGACUGACUACACUCUGCGUAUCCUGGGACUGGAUAUAUGUGCUGACACCAUUGUAGGCAAUGAGAUGCUAAGAGGAAUAUCAGGGGGACAGAAGAAAAGAGUCACUACUGGUGAGAUGAUCGUUGGACCAACCAAAACACUCUUCAUGGAUGAGAUAUCUACUGGCCUGGAUAGCUCUACCACCUUUCAGAUAGUGAAGUGUCUUCAACAGAUUGUUCAUCAGGGCGAGGCCACCAUACUGAUGUCCCUCCUCCAGCCUGCUCCUGAAACUUAUGAGCUUUUUGAUGACAUCAUGCUCAUUGCUGAAGGGAAGAUAGUCUAUCAGGGGUCUCGAGAGUUUGUUCUUGAUUUCUUUGAGGGCUGUGGGUUCCAUUGUCCAGAGAGAAAGGGGGUUGCUGACUUCUUGCAAGAAGUUACUUCUUGGAAGGAUCAGGAACAAUACUGGGCAGACAGAAUGACACCUUACCGAUAUAUAUCAGUGUCUGAAUUUGCUGAGCACUUCAAGAGAUUUCAUGUUGGUAGAAAGCUAGAACAUGAGCUCUCUGCUCCAUUUGAUAACCACAAAGGACACACCUCUGCUCUGGUCUUCUCCAAGUACUCUGUUUCAUUCAAAGAACUACUCAAUGCCUCAUUUUUCAAGGAGUGGAUUCUGUUCAAGAGGAACUCCAUUGUUUACAUUUUCAAAACUGUUCAGAUUGUCAUUGUGGCGACGGUCGCCUCAACUAUGUUCUUAAGGACCAGGCUUCACUCUGAUACUGAAGCAGAUGGUGCUCUCUACGUCGGUGCCCUUAGUUUUGGAUUGGUUGUCAACAUGUUCAAUGGUUUUACAGAGCUAGCUCUUGUCAUUGCAAAGCUUCCAGUGUUUUACAAGCAUAGGGACCUAUACUUCUAUCCACCCUGGCUCUUUGUCCUUCCAAAUGUCCUCAUUGGGAUCCCUCCUUCCAUAAUUGAAACCAUUGUGUGGGUUUGUAUCACUUAUUUCACAAUUGGCUUUGCACCAGAAGCAAACAGGUUUUUCAAGCAGACUCUGCUAACCUUCUUGAUCCAGCAAACUGCAUCUUCACUCUUUCGGUUUCUUGCUGGAGUUUGCAGGUCUACAGUUAUCUCCACAACUUGGGGUUCUCUCGUAUGUGCGGUCAUGUUUGUUCUUGGAGGCUUCAUACUGCCGAGAGAGAUAAUCCCGAAGGUCUGGUACUGGGGCUAUUGGGUUUCACCUCUCACAUAUGCAUAUAAUGCUCUGGUAGUAAAUGAGAUGUUUGGCUCCAGGUGGAUGAACAAAUUUGCCCCUGAUGGCAGAAGGUUAGGCUUGGCAGUGCUUGAAAACUUCAACAUCUUCCCAGAUGAGAACUGGUAUUGGAUUGGUGUGGGAGCACUUCUAGGAUUCAUAGUCCUCUUCAACACUCUGUUCGCAAUCUCGCUUGUAUAUCUGAACCCUUUGGGAAAACCACAAGCUGUUAAACCCGAAGAAGUGCCCGCGGAGAUUAAGGUCAAUCAAGUUAGAAAGACUGAACUAGAGAUUUUAGCUCCAAAGAGAGGCAUGGUUCUUCCAUUCAAACCUCUUAACAUGUCUUUCAGUGACGUGAAUUACUCUGUGGACAUGCCUGCUGAAAUGAAAGCACAAGGCGUUAGCGAAGAAAGGCUUCAACUGCUUAGAGGGGUGACUGGAGCUUUUCAGCCUGGCAUUCUUACAGCUCUUAUGGGAGUGAGUGGUGCUGGAAAGACAACUCUAAUGGAUGUCUUGGCAGGCAGAAAAACAGGUGGUUACAUUGAAGGGGAAAUCAGAAUUUCUGGCUACAUCAAGAACCAAGAAACUUUUGCAAGAAUUUCCGGGUACUGUGAACAGAAUGACAUUCACUCCCCUCAGCUUACAGUUAAGGAGUCAUUAACAUAUUCAGCAUUCCUCCGUCUUCCACCGGAAGUCAGUGAUGUGGAAAAGAUAAGAUUUGUAGAUGAAGUUAUGGAACUGGUAGAGCUUGAUAGCCUCAGAGAUGCCAUAGUGGGACUUCCUGCAAUAACAGGGCUAUCAACUGAACAAAGGAAAAGGUUGACGAUAGCUGUUGAGCUGGUUGCAAACCCUUCAAUCAUAUUCAUGGAUGAACCUACCUCAGGUCUUGAUGCAAGAGCAGCUGCAAUUGUCAUGAGAACCGUCAGGAAUACCGUCGACACUGGUAGGACUGUUGUUUGCACAAUUCAUCAACCUAGUAUUGAUCUAUUUGAAGCCUUCGAUGAGCUGCUACUAAUGAAGAGAGGGGGGCAAGCAAUAUAUUCCGGGCCACUGGGUGUAAACUCAUGCAAAAUAAUCAAAUACUUUGAGGCAAUUCCUGGGGUUCCAAAAUUCAAAGACAAACAGAACCCUGCAACAUGGAUGCUGGAAGCAAGCUCUACUACCAUUGAAGCAAAAUUAGGAAUAGACUUUGCGGAUCAUUACAUCUCAUCAAAUUUAUUCAAACAAAACAAGGCACUUGUAAGAGACCUAAGCAAACCAACUUUUGAUUCAAUAGACCUCUACUUCCCCACAAAGUAUGCUCAGCCGACAUAUGGGCAGUUUAAGUUGUGCCUUUGGAAGCAUUGGUGGACAUAUUGGAGGAGCCCUGACUACAACUAUGAAAGACUUUUCUUCACUUUUGUCACUGCUCUUCUCCUCGGAGCUAUCUUUUGGCAACUAGCCCACAAGAAGGAAUCUUCCAACAACAUUAUGCUUAUCACCGGAGCCAUGUAUUGCUCGGUCCUGUUUAUCGGUGUCAACAACUGGUCGACUGUGCUACCAGUUGUUGCAGUAGAGAGGACGGUAUACUACCGAGAGAGAGCAGCGGGAAUGUACUCUUCUCUAUCAUAUGCUAUUGCCCAGGUUAUCGUAGAAAUACCGUAUGUCUUCAUCCAGUCUCUAGUUUAUGUUCUCAUAGUGUACUUCAUGAUGGGUUUUGAACGAACUCUGGUGAAGUUCUUCUGGUUCUUCUUUGUUAGCUUUGUCUCCAACCUUUACUUCACUUACUAUGGAAUGAUGGCUCUAGCCAUCUCUCCAAAUCAUCAAAUUGCUUCAGUCUUUUCAGGAAGCUUUCUCUCUCUGUUCAACCUCUUUUCAGGAUUCUUCAUACCCAAAGCAAGUAUACCCAAGUGGUGGAUCUGGUACUACUGGAUUUGCCCAGUUUCAUGGACAAACUAUGGCUUAAUAGUGUCACAGUAUGGAGAUGUUAUGGAUAAAAUCAAGGUGCCCGGGCAACCUGAUCAACUGAUAAAAGAAUUUGUGAAGGAUCACUUUGGUUAUAGUCUCGAUAUGAUGGGUGUUGUUGCAGCAAUGCUGACAGGUUUUGCCAUUUUCUUUGCCUUCACUUUUGCUUAUUGCAUCAAGAAGUUCAAUUUUCAGUUAAGAUAAGAAACUUCAGCAUUUUCAAUGUCCUAAGAUAUUGUAUACUCGCCAUUAUAUAUCAGAGAUGUAUGUAGAAUUUGGUGUAAAUAUUAACAAUAUAGUACUCAU